AUGGCUCAGGUUCUACAGCACUGUAGUUCUUCAAUAGCGUCUGGUCCAGUGAAGGACCAAAUUGUCCCGGACACUGAUGACCUGUUAUUCUCACAAGCGGAACAGCCGGUUCAGAAUGUAGCAGAUAUCUUGGAUAGAUACAUUCAUGAUGGAGAAAUGCCCCAGACACCAGUACACGUGAAAAAACCUAGAAGACCUAGUGCAUCGGUGAUCGACGAGUUUUUUGGAGAACCUCAAAAAGGUAUCAGUGUGCUUUCAAACAAAUCCAGCUUCCUCAACGUGCCAGAAACUCCGUUCAACUCCAGGCAAGCUUCAAGAAUGCUCAACUCUGCAGAGAAGCAGAGCUUCUUUGACGAUGACUGUAGCAGAAGAACCAGCUCUUCUCUAAUUGAAGAAUUUUUUGGAAUGACAACAUCCGAAAAGACAUGGAUCAAGCCAGAACCACCGGUAGCGUCCAGUAUAGGGGUCUUCGAACAGGAAUGCCCAGACGUGUUUGACAUUGACUCCACACUGUAUGAUUCUGUAUCGAGUUCAGGAGUUUUGGCGGGGAUGACCCCACUUAGUAGCAGCACAAAUAUUCAUCUUCAUAACCCCAGUACUGUCAGUAGCUGUGCAAUGCCAGCCUCAUCAUCUGAUUCCCUAUGGGAAGAUCUGACAGCCAGUAUGAAUAUGCUGGACAGCCAAAAUCCAUGUAACACCAACACCAGCACCACAGAGCUGCUCAGUGGCAGCUUGCCAACAUCCAUCAAUGGGAGACAGGAUGGUUUCAGCAUUAAAGCUGAGCCAAUGGACUGUGAAGAAAAACCAUCUUGCCAGUUUGACCUUUCCUCAUCUGCACUGUCUCACAGCAGUGCUAUCAGCCAUGCCAGUAGCAGUUUGGACACUUUUUUGUUUGAUGCUCAGGCAACACCCUCCUAUGGACUGCCCAGUAAUAAUAUCAGUAUAACCAGCUCAUUGCUAAGCAGACAAUAUCCUGCCUCAAAAACAUCAUACAGCCAAGUUAUUCAUCACCAUUCACUCAACAGUAAUAGAAGUAUUGCCAACUCAGGUCCAGCUCGCCCCAUGUCUUCUUCAGGAUAUCUACCUCACAGUUCUCAUUACCAGACACACUCCAAUAGCUAUUCAUCUUCAUCCCCAAGUCCUCAUGCUGUCUCCAGUCCCUUCUCACCACUCACUCCUCCUAAUUCCCAACCAGGAAGUCCAAACAACGAUACCAUCAGAAGAACCCCACCUCCUCCCUAUCCAAGCUUUCAAAUUCCCCAAUCAAGACUCAGCCCUUCUCCAUCCUCUCUUCCCCUGACAAUUUCCAUGGCACCUGGACAUAGCAGAUCCGAACGCCCUCGCAAACAGCCUGUAACACACCCUGGUUGCUCUACCAUCAAAUACAACAGGAAGAACAACCCAGAGUUGGAGAAGAGACGCAUCCACUUUUGCUCGUUUCCAGGUUGUAGAAAAGCCUAUACAAAAAGUUCACAUUUGAAAGCCCAUCAAAGGAUUCACACAGGUGAGAAGCCAUACAAGUGCCACUUUCAGACCUGUGGCUGGAGGUUUGCCCGCUCUGAUGAGCUGACCAGGCAUGUUCGUAAACACACUGGUGCCAAACCAUUCCAGUGUAGGGUUUGUGAUAGAAGCUUUGCUCGCUCGGACCACCUGGCGCUCCACAUGAAACGUCAUGAGCCCAAGAGUAAGUGCGGUGAUGGUAGUAAGCAGCUGUGA